UUAGCGGCGCGCGCGGUCGCUAGGUGCCGGCGCGGCGGCCAGAGCGAAGCAGGUGCCGGAGAUGGCGGGUCGCGCCGAGCCCAGCGGCCCCGCGGCGUGCGGCGGCGCCCCGGGCCUCCUCCCGGUCCUCCUGCUGCUCCUCUCCGCCGCCGCCAUCAUCCCCAGAGGUGAUGGUCAGAAUUUGGUUACAGAAGAUGUGACAGUGGUGGAGGGAGACGUCGCCACCAUCAGCUGCCGCGUCAAGAACAGCGAUGACUCGGUGAUUCAGCUCCUGAAUCCCAACAGACAAACGAUUUAUUUCAGAGAUUUCAGACCGCUGAAGGACAGCAGGUUCCAGCUGGUGAACUUCUCCAACAGCGAGCUCCGAGUGUCCCUGACAAAUGUCUCCAUUUCUGAUGAAGGAAGGUACUUCUGCCAGCUGUACACUGACCCCCCCCAGGAAAUCUAUACCACGAUUACAGUGCUCGUCCCGCCACGCAAUUUGGUAAUUGAUAUCCAGAAAGAAAUCGCCGUUGAGGGAGAAGAGAUUGAGCUGAACUGCACUGCCAUGGCCAGCAGACCAGCCACCACCAUCAGAUGGUUCAAAGGAAACAAAGAGCUAACCGGCAAGUCAGAAGUGGAGCAGUGGUCCGACAUGUACACGGUGACCAGUCAACUGUUGCUGAAGGUGGGACGGGAGGACGAUGGGGUCCCUGUCAUCUGCUUGGUGGAUCACCCUGCUGUCAAAGACUUGCAGACACAGCGUUACCUAGAAGUCAUGUAUAAGCCUCAAGUGCGGGUUUCUCAGAAUUACCCGGUGCAAGGCCUCACCAGAGAAGGGGAGCCGCUUGAACUGACGUGCGCAGCUUUUGGAAAACCACAGCCUACGGACAUGAGGUGGUUAAGAGUAGAUGAUGAGAUGCCUCAGCACGUUGUAGUGUCUGGUUCAAACCUUCUCAUUAGUAACCUAAACAAAACAGAUAAUGGUACAUACCGCUGUGAGGCUUCAAACGCGGUGGGGAAAUCACAUGCGGAUUACAUGCUGUUUGUAUACGAUCCCCCCACAACUAUCCCUCCUCCCACAACAACCACCACCACUACCACCACCAUCCCUACCACCAUCACAGACACAACGGCGACGACAGAACCGGCAGUUCACGGCUUUACUCAGUUGCCCAAUUCGGCAGAGGAGCUGGACUAUGGGGAUCUCUCAGGUACUCCCGUCCCGCUAAAUGCUUCAACGGAGGCUCUGCCAACUGUGCAAUUAAGUAAUGCAUCCCUUGCCUUCCGUCCAGAUUCUCGUGCAGGUGAGGAAGGGGCGAUACGGAGCGUAGACCAUGCGGUGGUUGGUGGCGUCGUGGCCGUGGUCGUGUUUGCAAUGCUUUGCCUGCUCAUCAUUUUAGGGCGAUAUUUUGCCAGACAUAAAGGUACAUACUUCACUCACGAAGCCAAAGGAGCAGAUGAUGCGGCCGACGCAGACACAGCCAUCAUCAAUGCAGAAGGGGGACAAAAUAACUCUGAAGAAAAGAAGGAGUACUUCAUCUAGAGCAGCCUUGGUUUCUGUGAGGUGUCCAACCGUGGACGGUUACUACUGGCCCUAUUUAAACGCUAAAGAGACAGUGAUAUUGGAAGUUGCAACCAGCUUGUGUCUUUUUUUUUAAAGAAAAAAAAGCAACUGGGUGGCAAGUCGUGAGGCUGGGAGGGUCCGGGAUUUGCUGUGUAAAAAUAUUCCUCGUAAAGUACACUCUGCUGUUCGACACCUCAGUUUGUUUGGGUUUCCUUUUUUUGGCCAAGUCCAGCUUGGAUUUAGUUUAGUGAAGUCAUUUGCAGAAGAUUCUGUGCCUUGUUUAAUUUCUGUUCGUUCGGGUCGGGGGGAGGCUGGGAAGAAGAGGGGCUUCUGUGCGUUAGUUCCCUUCAGGUUUCUGUGGCUCUUCGUUUCCCCUUCCCUGUUCUGUUUCCGGAGUUGCCUGCUGCGACCCCUUGGAGUAGGUGGGUUUCUUUGAAGGUGUUUCUCUUUCUUUCUCUUGUCACCGUUUUCCAUUCAGAACUCGAGCUCAUCAGAGGAGAACCAGCACAUUUUAGAUUUCGUAGCUUGCAGUUCAGUGUGCCCAUGUCCCAUUCCCUCUAUCGUCGUAAAGGCUUGGAUGAACAAACGGCGAGAACCCGUUUGUGGCUGCCUGUGUUUCAGGUGCUUUCGAUGGUGGCGACUAGGAAAUACGCUGGAGCUCGGCAAAGGCGCUCUUCGACGGCGGGGAAGCCGGCCUGGGCGUCAUCCUCCCGGGAGGGAUGCUGAGCCCACCUUUCGGGCCCUGCGGGCCUGGGGACUGCUCCCAGCCGGGCUCGGGAGGGACUUCGGCUCUGGCCCUUUGCCUUGCACGCCGCUCCCGUCCCACUUCCCCACCUGGGCCGACCUCUCCACGCUUUGCUAGAGAAGGCAAAGCCCUGCCGGGGGGUCGGCAGCUGUGAGCCCCCAGCUUUGGUCGUCCUCUCCCCUCCUUUUGCAGCCGCAGGACGCGGCGGGUUAAACGCCUCCCCCCCCCUCCCCAGCGCGUGCUGGAGCGGAGACCCGGAGAGCAGCCGGACAAGCAAAACUGCCUUUUUUUCUACCCGCUAAGUAAAACGUGGGAGUUCGUGCUAAAAUGACAGUGCUAACUGACUUACAAAGCCAUAGGUGAAAAGGAGAAUCUAGGUCAAUUAGAAUCGCAAGUGACAGGUACCAGACCGCAAUCAGAAGCCGGUAUUAAAAUGAUACAUGCUGAAUUUUUUUUUGGUGAGUAAUCUUGGAUUUCGAGUGAUACUUUUUUUUACUGUGUUUAUGUGGAAAAUGUAUGCUGAUUUAUUUAAGGGAAGCAUUAAUCUUAGUGUCAGGUUGGGGUUUUUUUAGGGGUUUCGGGGGGAGCGUUUUAGUGUGGGUUGGGUUUUUUUUCUUUAUUGUUGUUUUUGGCAGAACCAUUACAAUGCGGGAGUCCUUUGGGAAUGGGAUGGCCUGACAGCAGAGAGCGAGUCCAUUCUCCAGCAGUAUUCCGUCUUUCCCCUUCUCGUGAGCAGAACCUCGCAGAAAUACCCUUUCUUUCCGAGCAAAUUUUGUCGAGCGCAGCUCUUUUCUGAGCCUUCAGCACCAUUGCCAAACCACAUCAUGGUGAGAAGCAGUCAGCAUGUUGGAGUUCGGGGGGGCUUUUUUACCCGUCAUCGGUCACGGGAUCGGCAUCCUGGUUUUGAGCAGCCCAUCUUUGUUUUGGAAGUGUACCGUAGUGCAGUGUUACCGAUGUAACUUUGACUUACAAUGUUGACAUGUCUCAGGUUCAUGUGUUUUGAUUGGUGUUUUCCGUCUCAGGUAGAUUGCAAAAUUUCGGCCCCACACAUUGGAAAAAAAGAAAAAAAAAAAAAAAACAGGAUAAAAAACAGGAGAUUACAAAUUUUAGUUGUAUAUUGGUUUAUGUAUUUUUUCUUCAGUAUACAGUGCACUGUUUGAAAUGUAUUGUUGAGUAUUACUUUGUACAGCUUUAGAUCAUUAGGAUUUUGAAGCGUGAAGAAAGAACAACCUUGUUUAAAGGAGUAUUACAAAUGAAGGACGCGGAACUGAUGAUAAACAACCUUGUUCUUUAUUCACCCGGCCUUUUUAUUUUUUCCCCUUAGGCCAGUUCUGUUUUAAGGUGUCCAUGGAAGAUGUUACAAUGUAAGAAAAUACAUAUCCAUCUGCUCCCAUUCACAUUUUGUAUUGGUUCAUGUAUACCAUUUUUACAAAGGAAAAGAAGUACUAUAAGAUAUCUGUCUUCUUAAUAAAAAAAAAUUAAUGUUACAAAACUAAA